GAAGACAGACUUCCUUGGACACCCUCAUGGGCCAUGGUGAACUUUCCACAGGGAAUCCAUCGUAUGAGAGUUAUUACAAACAGGUAGAUCCAGCAUACACAGGGAGAGUUGGGGCUAGUGAAGCUGCACUGUUCCUUAAAAAAUCAGGUCUUCCAGACAUUAUCCUUGGAAAAAUAUGGGAUUUGGCUGAUCCAGAGGGAAAAGGGUACCUGGAUAAACAGGGUUUCUAUGUUGCAUUGCGACUUGUGGCAUGUGCACAGAAUGGCCAUGAUGUUAACUUGAGCAAUCUAAACUUGACUAUGCCACCUCCUAAGUUUCAUGACACUAGCAGUCCCUUAUUGGUCACACCACCUUCAACAGAGGCUCACUGGGCUGUUAGGGUGGAAGAAAAAGCGAAGUUUGAUGGUAUUUUUGAAAGCCUUUUGCCUGUAAAUGGUGUACUUUCAGGAGACAAAGUAAAACCAGUAUUGAUGAACUCAAAGCUACCUCUUGAUAUCCUCGGAAGGGUCUGGGAUCUCAGUGAUAUUGACAAAGAUGGACACCUGGACAAGGAUGAAUUUGCUGUGGCAAUGCACUUGGUAUAUAGAGCUCUUGAGAAGGAGCCAGUUCCCUCAGCAUUACCUCCCACACUUAUACCACCUUCCAAAAGAAAGAAGACGCCAGUUUUUCCUGGUGCUGUUCCUGUUCUUCCUGCAAGUCCUCCACCUAAAGAUAGCCUUCGUUCUACCCCAUCCCAUGGUAGUGUAAACAGCCUGAAUAGCACAGGAAGCUUGUCACCCAAACACAGCAUAAAGCAAACACAGCCAUCUGUGAAUUGGGUGGUACCAAUGUCUGAUAAGUCGCGAUACGAUGAAAUUUUCUUAAAAACCGAUAUGGACAUGGAUGGCUAUGUAAGUGGCCAAGAAGUGAAGGAUAUUUUUAUACACUCAGGCCUGUCUCAGAAUCUUCUAGCACACAUAUGGGCAUUGGCAGAUACAAGACAGAUGGGAAAGCUAAGCAAAGAUCAGUUUGCACUAGCCAUGUAUUUCAUUCAGCAGAAGGUCAGUAAAGGGAUUGAUCCUCCACAGGUGUUGUCCCCAGAUAUGAUCCCUCCUGCAGAGAGAAAUACUCCCAUACAAAGUCUGUCAGGUUACUUGACCCCUGUAGGAACUGAGAUCUCCGCGCUAACAGAAAUGCGUCGUGAUAGUUCAAGUUCUGUUGGAUCAGGAGAAUUUACAGGUGUGAAAGAACUUGAUGAUAUUAGUCAAGAAAUUGCACUGCUGCAGAGAGAAAAAUAUUCAUUAGAGCAGGACAUUAGAGAAAAGGAGGAAUCAAUUAGACAGAAAACCAAUGAAGUUCAGGAACUGCAAAAUGACUUAGACAGAGAAACAAGUAACUUGCAAGAGCUGGAAGCUCAGAAACAAGAUGCUCAAGAUCGCUUAGAUGAAAUGGACCAGCAGAAAGCCAAACUGAAAGAUAUGCUAAAUGAUGUGAGACAGAAAUGCCAGGAGGAAACACAGAUGAUUUCAUCAUUGAAAAUGGAGAUUCUGUCUCAGGAAUCAGAUUUAAAAUCACAGGAAGAUGAUCUCAAUAGAGCAAAAGCAGAGCUGAAUCGUCUCCAGCAAGAAGAGACUCAACUAGAACAGAGUAUUCAAGCAGGAAAGGUGCAACUUGAAACAAUAAUUAAAUCUUUAAAAUCAACACAAGAAGAAAUUAAUCAGGCAAGAAGUAAGCUUUCUCAACUUCAAGAGAGUCACCAGGAAAUCAGUAAAAGUAUUGAACAAAAUAAUGAAGCUCUGAACGGAAUUCAUGGUGGUAGUAUGACGAAUUUAGCAGACAUAAGUGAAGGAACUGCACAGAAAGAAAGAGGCAAUUUUGGCGUUAUGGAUGAUCCUUUCAAGAAUAAAGCUUUAUUGUUUAGUAAUAAUACACAAGAAUUGCAUACGGACCCAUUCCAGGCAGAAGAUCCAUUCAGAUCUGACCCCUUUAAAGGAGCAGACCCUUUCAAAGGCAAUGAUCCAUUCCAGAAUGACCCUUUUUCAGAACAACCUCCUGUUUCAACAGAUCCAUUUGGAGCAGAUCCUUUUAAAGAAAGUGACCCAUUUCGUAGUUCUGUCUCUGAGGAUUUUUUUAAGAAACAGGUGAAGAAUGAUCCAUUUAUCUCAGAUGCAUUCACAAAAAAACCCACCCUGCCCUCAAGGCAUGAUCCCUUUGAAAGCAGUGAUCCUUUCACAGCUUCAAGUAUCUCUUCAAAAGGCCCAGAUCCUUUUGGAACGUUAGACCCAUUUGGAAGUGGUGCCUUCAAUAGCAAUGAGGGUUUUGCAGAUUUUAGCCAGAUGUCAAAGCCCACAGCGUCAGACCCUUUCACCUCCUCUUUUGGAGGGAUAGGAUUCUCAGAUGACCCUUUUAAAAGUAAGACAGACACUCCAGCUCUCCCACCGAAGAAAAGCGUUCCUCCACGACCUAAGCCGCCGAGUGGUAAAAGUACUCCUGUAAACCAGCUCGGGUCUGCAGAUUUUACCAAGCCCCAUGAUCCAUUCCAGCCAUUUGGGGCUGACAGCAGUGACCCGUUUCAAAGUAAAAAGGGGUUUGGGGACCCAUUUAGUGGAAAAGAUCCAUUUGCUCCCUCCUCUUCAAGUAAAACUUCUAAAGACUCUUCCUUGGGGUUUGCAGACUUCAGCUCUUUUGGAAAUGAGGAGCAGCAACUGGCAUGGGCAAAGCGAGAGAGUGAGAAAGCAGAGCAGGAAAGGCUGGCUCGGUUGCGAAGACAAGAACAGGAAGACCUUGAAUUGGCUAUUGCACUCAGUAAGGCUGAUAUGCCAAACUCUUAAAUAUAAGUCUUUGGGCUCCACCCAAUUAAAGUCAAACCCUUUAAAGAAGGUUUUGUAAAAUUCUUGUUUUUGUUGUGAAGUAAUUGUAGUCAAAGUAUAAGACGACUGGCUGGUUAUAUAAAAACUGGAUUCUCCAUGGCUUUUCAAGUACAUAAUGCACAGGAAACAUACUGUAAAAAUUGUAUUAUACUUCCUUGAAAAAUGUUAACUGCUUGUAAGAAAUUUAAUGUAUGACCCUAACAUACUGAAAGCAAAGUUUCUUUAUAAUGCAGACCAUGUUGCAUACAAUAAGCUGCAAUGUGUGAAUCUGGCUUUAUUGCCUAAAUUCCAAUGUCAUUGCUUUGAGGCUGCAGUAUGAAUAAUAAAAUUAUAGAAAAUGACGCUUUUAAAAUGUUUAUAAAUUUAUCAGUUAGCUUUCAGUUCUUUUUGUUACAUUUGUUUAAUUACUCAUAGUAGGCCAAUGACCAUAAAACUGCCUAGCUCAAAGAUUUGAGGACAAAUUCUUUCUUAGAUGUUUCCUUUUCUUCUGUGAGAUGUAGCGUAUGCUAUGAAUGAACUCUGAUUAUUUAUCUAUUAGACGCUUAGAGAUACAAUUCAAGUAGAGUCAAUGAUAUUUUGAAUUCAGAGCUUAUGGGAAUUAAUAGCUUUUUCUUAUUUAAACAUGAUUAUUUGCAUAAAAAUUUUAAUAUUUGUACAUGGUAUUAAAGGAGUAAUCUUGAUAUAGUAAAUUAGACAAAUGAUGACUCAGUUCUAAAUCUUGAGAUGAAAAUAGAUUAAUUCCAUGAACAAGCAUGAAGACAGGAAUGAUAGUGUUUGAGGCUUUUUUUUACAUAUUGUAAUCUUCCCUGCAACAAUAUUUUCCCUUUAUUUGCUCCAACAGGCAGAAUAUAGGGCUAUUAUUUGUAUUAUUCAGUUGACUAUGGUACAAUCUCUACCUCGGAAGUACUUAAGUGUGUGGUUUUAUUUUUAAAUAUUAUGAUUAAUCUCACUGCCCUUUAUUUAAAGUUAUACCAUUGUAGUCUAGACUAAAUUCACAUGGAUUUCAUUUGCAAGUUAGAUAGAAUAAUAGGAUAUUCAUGCAAAAGUUACAGCAAUAUUUGUAGAGCAGAUUUUUUCAGCCUAUCUACUGAUAGCACUCAUUAGGCCAGUAUGUCCAGCUUCUUUACAGACUUCCAGAAUUCAGCGGGGAUGUGACAUGUAUUUAUAGAGGUAAUGAAACAUGUACUUUACUCAUCACAGAUAUAAAAUGAGUACUUAGAGUAUUUUUGCUGUGAAUUAUUCAUUUAUAAAAACUGCCUUUUUUGGUAAGUUACAGGGAUCUCAGCACUUCAUUUGUCUUUGUAUUGUGCUCUGGUUUUGUUUGUAAAUAGAAUAGGCAUCUAGGGCCAAAUUUUCAAAAUGUUUUUGUGAUACCUGUAUUUGCACUGCCAAUUCUCUACAUGUGCAUAUUGCCAUGUUAAUAUUCUGAAUUCCUGAAAGUGUGCCCCUCAGCUUGUAAAACAUUCUCUGGGUAGCAUGGUAUUCCUUCAUCUUCUGCAAUGUGUGUUUUACACUUUUGUAUGUGUGUGUUCUGUUUUUAUUUUUCCUUUUACAAUGAUGUUAGUGCUUAUUUUUCCAGACAAAACAAUCCCUACAAUAUAAUUGCCUCGUUCUAGAUGCUUUCCUUACACAGAAAUAAGAAUCGGAGUAAGGAUUUUAUUUUUUUCUGAUGACUAGUUUUCAGACCUGAAAUUGCAAUUAAACAUAGGAUGUCUCAGGACAAUAUUGCAUUUGCAUUGAAAACUGAUUCCAUAUUGAGAACAUCCAUUUUAAGGUCUUCAGACCGAAUAUAUUUGACUAAACUGACGCCUAUCAUCUCAAGAAGACAUUCUGUGGAGGAGCUGAUCCUGAAUGUGUGUGUAACUCCUAUUUAAUGUUGUUACAAAUGGACUUUUAAAUUCAUAUCAUGAAAGAAGAUACCCCUAAAUCUGAACAACACGGAAGCAUAUGUCUUGUUCUGUAUUUGAUGUAAUAGGCUGUCAUGAACACUGUAGGAAAUAAUCCUGCCGUAUUUGGAGUACUUGAUGACUUAUGUGGUCCCUUCCAAACAUAACUGUUUUUCUGUAAAAUAUAUUAGAGAGAGAGACUAUGGGCUUGUAUACAUGGUAGUAUAAUGCACUCUGUAUGGGUGUGAUUUCUAAAUCACGCUAAUGUGUUAUGCAUUAGUUGAUCUACAUAGAACCCUAGUGUGAAUUAACACAGUACUGAUUCAAAAGGUACUGUGUUAGAGCAGUGUAUUAGAGCAUUGAUGUAGUGCUCUUUGAACCAGUGCUGUACUAGCCAGAUUUACAUGGACCAAUUAUUAUGCCUCACAUUACGGAGGUGUGAUUUCUAAAGCACACUAGAGUGCAUUACCUAACUGCGGGCAAGAUGUAACUUAUAAAGUCUGAUUUCUAAAAUUUCAAAGCACGCUCUUUUCCUUUAGUUUACAACAUGCCAAACUCAUGAAAGCAAAUUAGAUCUACUUGUAGCUAACAUUAAUACAAAGAUUUUACCAUUAAAGUGGGAUAAAUGUAGAAUAUACUGUACAUGGCAGUGCUAUACAUGCCAUCCUAACUAUACAAACAGAUGAAAUGAGAAACAGCUCUGUGCCUUUUCUCUGUCCACCUUAUACUACAGUCACGUUGCUUCAGAGAGAUAGUUGACUCUUGUUCUUUCAUGGAGCUGUUGUUGCAGUUUGGUUGUUUUAUUUACUCUUCUGUUUUUUCUGUCUUGUGUACAUGGAUAUCUUGCAUUUAUCUUGGUGCCACUCAUAUAUAUCACUCUCUUCCAAAUUGAAAAAAAAAUCUACUGGGAUGCAGGAUGAAAUUAAAUAACCUGUAUCUGUGCAUAUAAAGCUUUUAGAUUUUUUUCAUAUUCAGUAACUGUUUCUAUUUUAUAGGAUUUUUCAUUCCUCAUGCAGCUGAAAAAUCUCACAUACUGUUUCUAAGUAACUGCAAUAUCUAAGUCCCCUUGUGAAGUAUAGUGUGAACACAGAUUGGGGGAGGGGUGUCAUUCCUUUGAUUUGCAGCUGCAUUAGCUCCCUUUAUAAUUAAUAGAUUUAAUUUGUAUUGUGAAUGCUGCUUUAUAGUAAUUUCCUCUUUCAUCUCUCCUUCAAUAUAUGGUAUCAACUGCACUCACCUCUGACUGCAAGGUCAAGCCACCUUCUGCAAAUUGGCAGUGCUGUUCCAUUACCUAUCAUUAGGAGGUGCACUCUCCUCCUCUGCAGUCCCGGGAAUAAAAGCAUCACUCCUGGAAUACACCAAGCCUGAGGAGUGAAAGUUACAAGAUAGUGUUCAAGCUUGGGUCUUUGUGUGGAAAAUUGGGGUGAAGGGAGUGACAUAAUUUGUUCUCUUCUGCUCAAAUUAAACAGUAUCUUUAAACCAAUUUAUAAAGGAAUUCUGCUUCUGGGUCACCACGCAUAAAUGAGACCUGUGGAUGAGCUAAAGAGCCAGAUUCAUCAGAAAAUUAAUUUUCCAUAGAAAUAUUUUCAGCCACUUUAUCAAAUCUGAAAUCUUCUAAUAGAAUUGCGAUACUUUUGAGAUAUGCAGUGAGAUUACCUCACCCACUUUGUUUCCCUUAGUUCUGUGAUAGUUAAUGUUUAGGGGACACAGUCUGAGGUCAGAAAAGUGAAUUGAUCAUAUAUAUAAAUUUAGUGUUAGACCCAAAUAUAAACUUUAUGUAAGGUAUAGCCUUGUGCCACCAAAUAUAGAGGGUAGAUCAGUAGCAAAAGGCCGGGCAAGUUAAUAAAACAGUAAUCCAAGAAAAUAUGUAGUUAAUCCAUUUACAGUUGCAAACAUACAAUAACCCUAAGUUGUUCUGAGAUGGUUUUAACUUUGAAAGAGAAGAGAUACAUUUUAGAAGGCUGAAAUCUAGGAAAAUUCCCUUUGAUUUCUUUCUGUAAUAUCUAACAGUUUUUCCUUGUAGAAAGCAGGCAUCGUCUUACUUCCCUAGCCUGGAGGCAACUUUUUUUUUAUUGAAAUCACUCCACUUUUUCUCCUAAAGCAAACAUUUAUCUGAACCCAUUAUUCUUUCCUUCUUCCACCAAUCAUUGAAAUCAUAACCAUAAGCUAUUCACUUCAGUUUGGGAAUAUCAGCACAUGCACACACAAAAAUAAGAUACAUUUGUAUGUAAAUAUACAAUAAAUUAUAUAACAGACAGUGUGUAUACAUUCACAAAAACUAUAUUUAGUAUAUUAUCAUAGGUGAUCUAUAAAAUGUAUAUGCAAUAAAUAUAUAGUAUAUCAUUAUAUACAUUCUAUAUAUAAAAUGUGUAUAUAUGUCUAUAUGGAUAUGUGCAUUUUGUGUAUAAAAAUGGAAAAUUAGACCAUUGUGCUUAGAAUUACAAAGUCUGUGCAAAGAAAAAUUUAACUUACUUCUUCCAAUCAUUUAGUAAAAUAAUACUGUGAUUGGCAUGAGACGCUGUGUGAGUUUUACCAGAUGUCAGAGAAACCUGAGGGGUUUGUCUGUCAAAGAUUAAUACAAUCUGCCAAAGGUAGCAGUUGACAGGGAUAUUAUCACCUGUGUCCACUUGCACUUGUUGUCUCUGAAUGUCUGUGUUUUGGAGACAUCUCAUUCCCUUCUCUCAGCAUUAGACCAAGCUUUGCCUCCUGGUUGUGGUAGUGGUGGUGAAUAUUUUAUUGAUGAAUUAAAGAAUCUUUCACAUAGCUUCAUAUUUGGACAUUAAGUAGAAAUAUAGUAGAAUGUGCCUUUUUCUCAUUCUCUUGACUGUCGUUUUGGUUGCACAGUCACUCUUCUCUGAGUCUGAACUGUCUUUUGUUUGAGAGCUCUCAUCUAAGAUUUUGUCUUAGGAGAAGUGAUUGUGCAUUUCAUUUUUGUCUUUGAUAAAAGAAUUAACAUGAUUCUGUUUUCUACAGGGAGAAAUCAUUAGACUACGGUUUGUGAAACAAUCACAAAAGUUUCUAGAUUAGUAUGUGUAUUCAUAAAUGCAGAGGUACAUACUAAACUGCAGUCACUCACUGAUUGAUUACCACACAACACCACUAAAUGGCAUUUCAGACUGAAAUGGAAAAAGAUUUUAUCUAUUUGAAACGAGGCUUUUACAAAAUAUUCUUGUAGGACUUGCCAACCAUUCUACCACAAGAACAGAUAAUACAAAGAGAUGUAGUGGUACCUCUGUAGUGGUGGUGGUGUAUGAGAUUUCAUAUGAUCAACAAAGUUUUCCUUAUGGAACCUCUGGCCUAAUUAUUUAAGUGGGGAAAGUGUUCAGUAAUACAUUUUAUUUUAUAUAGUGGGUUCUUAGAUAUAAGGAAAUUCCAAGCUGUAUCUAUUAAGGUAUGGCACUUUUUGUUCUGGUCUGUGAAAUCCUAUUAGGCACUCCAGAUAAAUCACCUUGUCAUCACUUCUGCUUUGCAAUUAGACAGUAUUUUUUCUAAGGUUCUUCUUGCAAUCUUUUUGAGGUCACCAUUUUAUUAUUUUAAUAUUUCUUCAUAUUUGUCUUGAAGUUUCAGCACUUAUGGAAUGUUGGUUUAAACAUUAGAAAUCAUUGUUUUCCCAUGUGUAAUGAUCAUUCCUAUUUUCUACUUUAUUGCUGAUUCUCAGAAAAUGAAUUCUAUUUAAUUCCACUCUUCUAAAAUAAGUUCUGUCAAAUAGAUAUUUUGUUUUGAUCUCUGCUAAUAGAUUGUGUAAUUAUAAAUACAUUUACCUGUUCCACAAUCAAUUACAUUACAAAUAGUAACAGUUAAAUAUUUAAGACCUAGUAUUUACAUUUUUUCUGCAGACAUUCUAGUCACAAUUCAAUUCAUUUACAUUUUCUGAGUUAAGAAAAUUUUGUCACAAAUUCUGCUUUGAACAUGGUGGAAACAUUAAGGCUUUUUAGAAUAAACAAGUUAACUUUUAAUAAUUGUUGACAUUUGUCUUAGCAAUUGUUAUUUCAUGGUUCUUUUUACUUGAAAGAUUUAUAAAUAAAAGGAUGAAUUGUUAUACAUGCUUGUCAUUUAAAAUUAAAUUUUAAUUUUUUCAACUUUUGCUUUUCCCUUUAAAGCUAAAUAACUUUAAAAGGUAAACUUAGUAUAAAUGCUUCCAUUUUCUAUUAAUAUAAUGAUAGUGCUAUGUUCCUUAAUGUCCAUCUUACUAUGACUUUGUUUAAUCUGAUGGCUAAAAAGGUGAAAACAUAAAGUGGAAACUGCAGUGUUUACCAGAAAUUCAUUAGUCCAUCCAAAUAUGUACAUUACUGUAGUUAUAUUUAUCCUUUAAAUAUCAUAUAGCAAAUUGGAAAAAGGUGUUUUAAUUUUAACCUAUGCUAUGUGUUUAUUAAUACAAUAAGAGAAACAUUGUUUAAUAUAAUAAAU